AUGGGAGUUCUCCUCAAGGCCCUGGGCCUUCUCGCUGGAACGGCAUCCGCGUUGGACUAUGCUGAGCCGUUCCGUCCCCAAUAUCAUUUCUCACCGAGCAAGAACUGGAUGAAUGAUCCCAGUGGUCUGCUAUACCAUGAUGGAAUUUACCAUCUUUUUUUCCAAUAUAACCCUGCCAGCUUUGUUUGGGGAAAUAUGUCGUGGGGUCAUGCAACGAGUAAAGACUUGACUCACUGGGAGGAGCGCCCUGUUGCUUUGCUUGCUCGCGGAUAUCCCGAGGAGGUCACCGAGAUGUACUUCACGGGAAGCGCGGUCGCAGAUGUGAAUAACACCAGUGGCUUUGGGGUUGACGGGAAAACUCCUUUGGUCGCCAUGUACACUUCUAUGGUACGCAGGCUGUUUAUUUCAAGUGUAUCGCAUGUGAAGACUAACAAUUUCGUUAUCAAGUAUCCCAUGGAACAAGACUUACCAAGUGGUAAACACGUUCGCACAGAGCAACAAUCCCAGUCGAUCGCUUACAGCCUUGAUGAGGGUGAGACCUGGACCACAUACGACGCAGAGAACCCAGUUAUCCACAAUCCACCCUCAGGCUAUGAAGACGAGUUCCAGAACUUCCGGGACCCCUUCGUGUUUUGGCAUCAUGAAUCUGAGAAGUGGAUUGCUGUCACGGCGCUCGCGUCGGUCCAUAAGCUUGUGAUCUGGAGCUCAGAGAACCUCAAAGAGUGGUCUUUCGUGAGUGAGUUCGGGCCCUACAACGCCGUUGGUGGAGUGUGGGAGUGUCCCAAUCUGUUCCAGCUCCCCAUCAAAGGCGAGCCAUCCAACAAGAAAUGGGUGCUGGUAUUGGGUCUUAAUCCCGGUGGUCCACCCGGCACAGUCGGAUCAGGCACACAAUACUUCAUUGGCGACUUUGAUGGAACCACGUUCAAAGCCGAUUCCGACAGCGUUUACCCGGGUAAUGCUACCUCCAACUGGAUGGACUGGGGUCCGGACUUCUACGCUGCAGCCAGCUACAACGGGCUGCCCGAGGGAGAUGUCGUCCAGAUCGCGUGGAUGAAUAACUGGCAGUAUGGAAAUGUCAUUCCGACAGACCCAUGGCGAAGCGCGAUGUCUGUUCCCCGACAACUGUCUCUGAAGAGAAUUGAUGGAAAGAUUACGCUCAUUCAACAGCCGCAAGAGGGCUGGAAGAGUGUUUCAAGCCACAACAGUUCUAAGCAGUCCUGGAAAUCUGUACCAGAGGGUUCCACCACCAUCGACUCCCCGGGAAAGGCGUUCAAGAUUGAUCUAAGCUUCGCCGACCACGAUUCCGAUGAUUCACAUGCAUCUACAUUUGCGAUAUCCGUGCGCGCGACUUCCGAUUUCCAGCAGGAGACACUUGUCGGAUACAAUUUCACCAGCAAGGAAGUCUUUGUGGACCGACAACACUCAGGAAAUGUUUCAUUUGACAAGACCUUCGCAACCCUUUAUCAUACCCCGUUGAAAGCAAGCGCAGACCGCCGUGUCAACUUGCAGGUCUUUAUUGACUGGUCGAGCGUUGAGGUCCUGGGUGGACAGGGUGAAGUCUCAUUGACGGCGCAGAUUUUCCCGAGUGAGGAUGCGACUGAAGCGCGUGUCGUUUCGGUCGAUGGAGUGACGAAAGACGUCAAGCUUCAAAUUCACAAGAUGGAUUCCGCCUGGCAUUAG